AUUUCCCAGGAGAAUUUAUACCCUUCCCAAAAGUUACCCCGCCCAUGUUCUUGUUGGAAACCCUGAAGACCCAUAUCAAAUUUCACACCUAGUUCCUCUAGAGACAACGGUUGAUAAGGGAUCGACAGACACAAGAAGGUUGAACGCCUGUUGACACCCAGGUCUUUGGAAUGCUCGGGACUUGGCCCGCACCGUCGGAAUAAACUGCACGAGGAGACGUACGGCCUCAGGUUUAUAUGAUCUUCAGUGUACCAUCAUGUGCAGACAUCUGUCAUCUGUGUCAUGGCUUCCGCUGCCUAUACUUGGAACAGUUCUUAUGCUGAUCACCGGAGUUAGCUCUCAAGGCCGGCUAAAACUAACUGUGCUGUCUGAGGAUCGACUGCAGAUGAAGUGGAAAGAAGCGGACGGACCAGUUCAGGGCUACAAGGUCCGAGUGCGUCCGAUUUCGGAUGAUCCACAACCAGAGCUGAUGCUGACCACCACCAAGGGCCGAGCCACAGUGGCGGGACUGGACUCCACUCAGGAGUACCUCCUGCAGGUCCUCAUGCUCAACGGCACCAUGGAGAAACUGGUGGCCAAGAGACGCUUCACUAUUGACGGACUGCGGGAGGAUGAGCUGAUCCGCAGUGGGAACCGCGAGCAGAAGAAGAAGAGUGUGGCUACUGGCUCUGGCUCCGGAGAGAUGGACGAUGUUACAGAGCUGCUGACGGCCCUGCCCACAGUGCACUACCAGGAGCCCACCACUUUAGUUCUGUCUUCAGCUCCCACUACAGUGGCAAGCCCCGCACCCACCGAGCCCCCCACUACAGCAGAGGACGAGGCUGUGACCGUGAGCGCGGCCAUUACAGAGAAGUCCCCCAGAGAGAGGAAGAAGAAGAAGAAGGACAAGAAUCGCUCCAGGACUGACGACAAAGGUGGAGAUCAGGGAACAGGUCGGCGACCAGCAGAGGAGAGCAGCAGUAGCAGAGACAAACCUCGCAAGGUGCCCUCGCCACCAGUAACAGUUGGGGCCACAAGUGGGACGUUCGCGUGUGACCCGGCGACGCAGGCGGACCUGGUGCUGCUGGUGGACGGCUCUUGGAGCAUCGGGCGCACCAACUUCAGACGUGUGAGGGACUUCCUGGAGGGUGUGGUCAUCCCCUUCCACAUCAGCCCAGACACGGUGCAGAUAGCUUUGUCCCAGUACAGUGGAGACCCUCGCACCGAGUGGCAGCUCAACAACUUCACCACCAAGGAGCAGCUUGUGGAGGCAGUACGCAACUUCAGAUACAAGGGCGGAAACACCUUCACAGGUCAGGCCCUGAUGCACGUUCUGAAUGAGAAUCUGAAGGAGGAGGCCGGGACACGAGAAGACGUCCCACGCUUUGUGCUGUUGCUCACCGAUGGGAAGUCUCAGGACGAUGCCAUCGCUGCAGCUGGCAAGCUGAAGAGUGUUGGAGUGGAGAUCAUCGCUGUGGGUGUGAAGAAUGCAGACAUAGCCGAAUUAAAGCAGGUGGCCUCUGCCCCUGAAGACCUGAACGCCUACAACGUGAAUGACUUCCCUCUGCUCAGUAAGCUGGUGGGCCGACUUGUACGAAUCCUCUGUGGGAAGAUGGAGGAACGCAGCAAAGCCAGGAGAAGGGACCGGCCCACCCUGAAGCCUGCGGUGGUGUCGUACCCGAGCCCCUCUGACCUGUACUUCUCUGACCUGGGGCCUCGAGAGGUACGACUCAGCUGGACUCGGCCGUCACGGCGCCUGGGCCAGUACAGGGUGGUGUUCCACAGCAGCGAGGGACUCACACCACAGGAGGUGGUUGUGAAUGGAACGCUGUCCAGUGUUCUCCUGACUGACCUGUCCUCCCAGACACAGUACCAGGUGUCUAUCUUCCCCGUCUAUGAAGAUAACGUGGGUCCACCUGUGCGAGGCACUUUCACCACCUUGCCAUUGGCCAUGCCGGAGGGGAUGGAGGUGACCCCUUCCUCCCCCACCAGUCUGAGGGUCCACUGGGGCACUGCGGUCGGGGCCACCCAGUACAUGGCACUCUACUUCGCCCUCGCUGAUGGAACUGACGGAGAACCGGACGAGGCUAAGGAGGUGAAGUUUGGAGCAGAGCAGACAGAUGUGGAGCUGGAGGAUCUAAUGCCAGCCACUGACUACUCUGUCACCCUCUACGCUCUCUAUGACGACGAGCCCAGUGACCCUGUCACUGCCACGGCAACCACCUUCCCUCUCCCUCCUCCCCUUAGUGUCCAAAUCACCGUGGUCAGCCACAGCUCGCUGCGGGUCAGCUGGGUGCCCGGUGCGGUGGACGUGCCCGGGCACCGCAUUGUCUGCAGAACCAACAUUGGCACUGAUACCCGUCAGGUGGAGGUGAAAGGGACCAAUUCUGUGCUGUUGCAGAAUCUGUCAUCUCUCUCCAGGUACCUUGUGUCGGUGCAGUCACACUAUGAGAAAGGACUGUCGACAGCUGUCACAGCCAACGCAACCACAUUGAAAGUGCCAGCCCCCUCAAACCUCAGGGUUGCCAACUUCUCAGGAAAUGACAUCACAGUGAGGUGGGAGCCCGCAGCUGACGAUGUCAUGUCAUACAUGAUCAAGUGGAUCUCCCUCAGUGGAGGGAAGCUUCAUCAGCUGUCAGUGGAUGGGCAGAGUGAGGGAGCCAUCUUGGAGGAUGUGGAGGACAACAAGGAGUACCAGAUCUCACUGUCUGCCCUCUACGCUGACGGGGAGCAAAGCGAGGCAGUGGCCACUAGAUACAGCACCUUGUCCGGUGCUGGUCCCAGCAGCGUGUCCGUGUCAGAGGAGACUGCAGUAGGCAUGCUGGUCAGCUGGGUGCCCCCCAAUGCCCACGUGCAGCAGUACCGCGUGUCCUACACCCCCCUCUCAGGAGACAACCCACGGGAGAACACUGUGUCUGUACCUGGUACUGAGAGCCGUUUGCUGCUGCAGUCUCUGGUGCCUGACACGCGUUACAGCAUCCUGGUCACUGCUGAGUACCGCAGUCGAGAGGGGGGCAGUGCUUCCGCACAGGGAAAGACUGCCAGUCUGCGUGUGAGCAGUGUGAGUGUGGCGCGCUCCGACCACUCCAGCAUGUGUGUGUCAUGGAGACCGGUGGCCGCAGUCAGCAGUUACCGCGUCCUCAUCCAAGCCCUCAGGGAUAAGCAGAUGAAGCAGGAGGUGUUGGACGCUUCCACCAACAAUCACUGUUUCUCUGAGCUGCAGCCCGAAACAGUGUAUCGCAUCAGCGUGUACUCCCGUCUAGAGACAGUAGAGGGUGCUGCUGUUUCUAUCCUGCAUGCCACAGCUGCAGCCCCAAUCAGGAUCCCUAUACCUCCAAGAAUAUUUUCUUCACAUAAUGAAGUGUGUCCUGAGUUGACAAUAAGAAACAGCAUAGUAAAAGGAUAUGACAUGAUGGAGGCGUUUGGCUUGACUAAGACGGCUCACUCUUCAGUGGAGGGGGUGGCAGCUGAACCCUUUAUCUUCACCACGCUGCCCAGCUACACACUCUACAGGGACGUCCAGCUGACCCAGAACACAGGGUUCAUCCACCCAGCGGGCAUAGCAGUGGAGCACACCAUCAGCAUGGUGUUCCGGCUGCUCCAGGACACCCCCAGGGAGCCCUUCGCCCUGUGGCAGCUCACCGACAACGACUUCCAGCCCAAAAUGGGGGUCGUGCUGGACCCUGAAAAUAAGGUCCUGCUGUACUUUAGUCUGGACUACAGAGGGGAGGUGCAGGAGCUCACCUUCGACCAGCCUCAGGUCCACAAGAUCUUCUAUGGCAGCUUCCACAAGCUUCACCUGUCCGUCAGCCAAGUGAGCGUAUCCCUGUCUGUGGACUGUGAACAUGUUGGGGAGAGGCCGGCCCGCCCACUGGGAGCACUGCCCACUGACGGUUUUGAGAUGCUGGGGAAACUAGUGAAGACCCGGGGGCCUAACAGCGGCUCAGCCCCGUUCCAGUUGCAGUCAUUUGAGAUUGUGUGCAACACCUCCUGGCCCUCCGAAGACACCUGCUGUGACCUGCCUGCUCAGAGGGACGAGGAGAGCUGUCCUGCCCCAGCCUACGCCUGCACCUGCACCUCCAACGCCCCCGGGAGGCCCGGAGACAUGGGGCCAGCGGGUAAGCCUGGUCCACGCGGGGAGAAAGGGGAGAAGGGUGAGGCAGGUCAAAAGGGGGAGAUGGGCCCUCCUGGUACAGUAGGUCCGGACGGUGUGCUGGGAGCCAUAGGCGCACGUGGACCCCAAGGCAUCACUGUCCAAGGGAAAAUGGGACCACCGGGUGCAAGAGGAGAGAAAGGGGAGAUGGGGAAACCAGGAAAUCAGGGAUCACCAGGUUCUCCUGGCCCAAAGGGUAGUCAAGGGAACCCUGGUCCUGAGGGAAUCAGAGGUGUCGAGGGGAACAUUGGAUCUCCAGGCAUUACUGGACCAAGGGGCUUUCAGGGGAUGCCAGGACACCCUGGGCCAGUGGGUGACAGAGGACCUUUGGGGCCAGUGGGACCUUCGGGUCUCCCAGGAAAAAAGGGAGACAGGGGAGAAAAGGGGGAGCCACAGUCACUCGCCAUGAUCUAUCAACUGGUGACAGAGGCCUGUGAAAAAUUAGUACACAAUGAGGUUCUGAAGCUGGACGCCUUCAUGAAUGAGAUGAGUCGGAAGCCUGUCCCCAUCGAGGAACCUGUGGGCCCACCAGGCGAGCCAGGCAUCCCAGGGUCCAAAGGCCCGCCAGGUCUUAGGGGCGAGCAGGGACGACAGGGAACGAGAGGGAAGCCAGGAAGGUCUGGCUACCCAGGAGAACAAGGACAAAGAGGCCCUCCAGGCGAGAAGGGCAACUCAGGUGCUAAUACACAGGGACCACCAGGGAUCAAAGGAUUUUCAGGUCCUCCUGGAGAGACCAAAGUGGGUGAUCCAGGUGCCAGAGGGGAAGAUGGUGAGCAAGGCUCACCUGGCAUUGCAGGAGCUGUGGGACAGAUCGGGGAGAUGGGCCCCCCUGGUAUCUGUGACAGCAGCGGUGGCUGCAAUCCCUCACCGGAGAUUGGAGCAGAGGACCCAUACUAUGGAUACCUACCAUGAGUGGAUAGGUUUGAAAACAACAACACAGGGACAGCAAUAUACCACCUGUUCUUACACAAUGUUUGUGUACAGAUACAUGUACACAAUGUACAUGUUUGUGUACGAUUGUCUACAGAGACAUGGUCCUAGGACAGACAGAAUGACAGGAGCUGUCAAAAUAAUGCACUGCUCAGACAAGACUGACAAGACAUGGCUGGACAUUGGUCAUAUCAGAACUGCUAUGAAGUGUGCAUAAAAAGCUGCAGACCUCCCAUUCUGAGUUACAGUGGUACGAUAUUCAGAUAUGCCUUCUAUGAUCUACAAAUCUGCACACGUUUGAUGA